AUGGCCUCCACCACCUCCACUCCCACCUCCGGGGCAGGCGGCCCAAGGCCCUGGCGCACCGCGCUCCUCACCCUCCGCGACGAGUCAGUCGCCUCGCCCUCCCCUUCGGCCCUCCUCGCGCUCCUCCGCCGCCUCCUCCUGUACCCCGCCUCGCCCUCCCUCGUUGCCUCUGCCGCCGUGCUCUCCCCUCACGAGGUGGGCUCUGAUGUGGUGUUCCUCGCGGAAAAAGCCGCGACGGUGCCCCCCUGCGCUGGCGCCGACGACGUGCUUCCUGGCGUAUGCCACCUGAUACAUGAUGUCAUGUGCAAGACAAAUACAGAAAUCGACUCUUCUGGUUGGCUUGCACUGUUAAAGUUUCUUCAUGAGCUUGUCAAGUGCUCAGUUGAGGGAGCAUGCAUUAAGGGCCUUUCUGAUAGGACAGCUGCACUGAAUACCCUAUCCGAGUGUAUGCAAAUUCUCAGGUUUUCGAGCAAGGAUUUGGGAAGAAGUAGUUCAUUAACUGAGAAUUCACAUGUACUCAGAGUUCUUAUCUUGAUUAUAUCAUGCUUGCAAGCUGAACUUAACAUGACAGAUAAAUCCAAUGGCCCUGGCACAUCUUCAUACAUUCCUGGAUCAACCAGUAAUAAAAAUUCUAAUACAUGGGAUAUGAAAAUCUCUGCAUUUUCCAUGGUGGAAGAUAUAUUAUGUAAGAUUGCAUCAACCAUAUCAGAAGAUUUAUGGCUGUCUGUUGUUGAGCUCUUGAGGAAAGUGAUCGAUUUUGUGACAGCUAGGAAUCUUAUUAUAGAAAGUAGCAUUAUGUCAAGAUUUUAUACUUCAUUUCUUCGUUGUUUGCAUUUGGUUCUUUCAGAACCAAAAGGUUCACUUUCAGGGCAUGUAGCAGGUUUCGUGGCAAAUUUGCAAAUGUUUCUUGUGUAUGGGCUAAGGUCAGCUUCGCCAUCUGCAAUACCUCCAAAGGAAAAUAAAACAGAGUUUAAAUCCAGGACUUCUGAGCGUGGACGGUAUAAACCACCUCAUUUACGAAAAAAGGAUGGAAGAGGGAACGAUUCAGUGGAUGAUCGAAGUUCAGAUAGUGAAUCUUCUCGAUAUGAUUUGGGCUCAUCAGAUUCAGAUCUUAGUGAUACUGAUGGACAUGCAAAAAACGGAGACCGUUUCCGGAGUUCGAAAGCUAGAUUAACUGCCAUCCUUUGUAUACAGGAUAUCUGCCGUGCUGACCCAAAGUCACUCACUUCACUGUGGCCAUUACUCUUACCUGAGAACGACGUUCUUCAACAAAGAAAAUAUCGAGCAACUCUGAUGACAUGUUUGAUGUUUGACCCUAUCACAAAGGUACGUGUUGAGGCAGCAUCAACCAUUGCUGCUAUGCUGGAAGGACAGGCCUUAGUUUUGACACAAGUUGCCGAGUACAAGGAAUCAUCGAAGCCUGGAUCUUUCACUACGUUGUCCUGCUCACUUGGUCAAAUUCUGAUGCAGCUGCAUACAGGUACAGUUUUCCAUAUCAUCUGCGGCUCAGGAGGAGAGGCUCGAGCCGCCACCGGAUUUCAGAGAGAAAGGGAGAGAAAGUGCAGAGCUCAGGAGGUUGCGAGGCCGGCGGCGCUAGGAGGAAGGAGAGGGUCGCGCGGCGAGGCUGCGAGGCUGGCUGCCUCCAUCCGCCGCCGGUCGCCGCCGCUCCUCACCGCUCGCCGCCGCUCCUCGCCGGCGAUGCAGAGGAAGGAGAGGGUACGAGGGGAGAGGCUCGAGCGAGGCUGCGUGGUGGCUGCUGGCUGGCGGCGCUAG